ACGAAAUAAUAAUAAAUGACAGUUUUUGGCUAUGUGGUCCACUGUCUGACACAGACUGCCAAACUGGACGAUUCCCAUCCCAUUUUCCUGGACAAGAAGCCUGCCAAGCGCAAAAUGGAUCGCACCUUAAUUCGUGCUCUGACGACGACGGCAUUUUGCAUCCCUUUGAUGUGGGGGUCAGUGGCGUCGAGUGAUCUUGGUCGGAACUACAAGGAGCCCUGCAGCGCGGACGAUCCCUGCAACCCCAUCAAGUUUUUGGAGUGCACAAAAGGCCUCUGCGAGUGCACGUCCCCCAAAGAAAUCGUCUUCGACUCCUCGUCAUCCUCCUGCGUCGCCAAGGUCGGGUUUUCCUGCCUCCGAGAAAUUCCUGGCCAGAAGAAAGCCAAGCGCAGUUCCGACAUCGGGCACAAUGAGACGGAGAGAACGGAAAUCACGCCGAUCGGACCGUAUCAAAUAAUUUGCGUCCCCAACGCCAAAUGUCAAUACCCUUCCGAUAUUUGCGAAUGUGAUUUUCGCCACUACAAAUCCCCCACGGAUGGGACCUGUCUCCGUCAGAAGGGUUUGGGCGAAAAGUGUUCGGGCCAAGAUCAGUGUGAUCAGUAUGAAUUUCUGACCUGCAGCGGAGGGACCUGCUCUUGCGACCGAGAUCAGUGGUACGACCAUAAGAACCGGAAAUGUGUCGUGUCCGUCGGGUCUCGGUGCAAGACCAUUGAUUACCGCACCGUGAAUGAGGAACACUACGUGCAGCACCAAUGCCCAGAAAUGUCACACUGCAACCCGGAUCCUCUCCACGCCAACGACAACUUUGGGUUUGGCGUGUGUCAGUGUGACCCAGGGCUGAAGGUGACGUUGGACAGGAAGACGUGUGCGAAGGAUUACGGGGACGCGUGCAGUGGACAACGGAAGUGCUCCGAUGUGCAGUUCAUCUGUCGGAGUGGAACCUGCCAAUGCAAAUACCCGCUCCAUCAGUUCUACGACGAGGUGACCAAGAGCUGCAUUUCUUUCUCGGGUGGUCCCUGCGAUGUUCCCAACCACAACGCCAGCAGCAACAGGAACGGUUCCGCAGCAGCAACAACGACGACAUCCAUCGACGAUCCAGGAAUGGGUUGCACCGAGAACUCGGUGUGUGCUGAAAAUCCGCCCUUCAAUUACUGUCGGUGUUCACCUGGUUUCAUUGAGGGGAAUGAUGGCAAGUGUGUGAAAGCGUUCGGAUCCAGUUGUGAGGUGGACGAAGAAUGUGACCCACUCCCACAAUUGGCCUGCAUCAACAACGUCUGCAAUUGUCCAGAUACACUCCAGGUUUACGAGGAGAAGCACCGGACCUGCGUCAGUCUGGCGGGGGGCAGAUGUCGGAAAGAGUUCAACGGAACGAUCCCUUCCUGCACGAGCAACGCCUACUGCGUGAAGGCCAGUGGGCGCUUGGAAUAUGGGCGCUGCAUUUGUGCUCGUGGGACGUAUACCACGGCCAAUCGCACGUGCUCCAAGGGACCUUGACUCGUCGUCACGACCUCAUCGAAGCCUCACCAGGACGAGGUUUCGCUUCUACUGCCAGCGUCGAUUGUGGCACUUUUUUUGGUGCUUCUUCUCGUUUCGUGUCCCUAUAUUUUUUGCUCUCAUUUUAAGUCGUCUCUUUGUCGGCUUUGCAAUUUUAAUAUUCGACCUGUUGACAGGACGUAUGCAGACUUUUGUAAUCCUACGAAUGCUCAAUCAGUUCAUUAUUAAGCUACAAAAUAAAAGCUGAGUUUUGCCAAAAAAUUCAA